AUGUGUGUGUACGAUAUUGUUGGGUACACUUUUAAAUUUAAAAUUCCCGCCGGCGCGGUCUGUCCAGCAGGUAAAAUCUUAUCGGCGUCGCGGUACCUUUCGUGCCGCGGGUUGGUGGUCGGCGUGGUCUCGUCGCGGGUUGGAGGUCGGCGGGGUGUCGCCGCCGCCGAACCUGCACGACCGGCCACCCCUUUAUUCACGAUACCGUGCUUUUUCCGUCGUUCGUUCGCCGUCGUCGUUGGUACAUUACGCAUCCGUCGUGUUCUUACGUUCGCCUUGAUUGCCGUCGCCAUAAACCCGACCCGCGAUAAGUGUGCCGUCGUAAAGUUUGAACGAAUCUCGAGCCCUGCCGCAAACGAGCAUUCGUCAGACGCGACGCGAAAUCGCGCGUCCGUUUUCUCCGUGCGCGAACGCCGCGCCCUUUCACGUGGCCGUCCAUUUUCGCCGCUGGCUGCCGUAUUGACGUUGCGGUCCGUUCGUUCGUUCGUUCGAAAUCUGCAACCCCACGCGGUCGCGGAUCGUCGCGCCGCUCGUGUCGGCCGUCGCAGUAACCGCGACACCGAGCGUCCCGUCCGUUGGUUUUCGUUGCGCACCCUUUCACGUGGCCGUCCAUUUUCGCCGCCGGCUGCCGUAUUUACGUUCCGGUCCGUUCGAAAUCUGCAACCCCUCGUGACCGCGGAUCGUCGCGCCGCUCGUGCCGGCCGUCGCAGUAACCGUGACACCGAGCGUCCCGUCCGUUGGUUUUCGUUGCGCGCCCAACGCCGCGCCGCCGGUUGCCGAUCGUUACAUCGUUUCGUCCGUUUUCGUCGUUGCCGUCAACAACGAGCGUUUCUUUCCCGCAUUCGUUCGCGCCCGACGCCCGACACACGUUAUUGUUACGUCGUGGUCCCGUGUGUAACGCCGUUCGCAACGGCCAUUGUGGUACGUCGCACGCCCGCACGCGCGUUCCGCACCGCCGCCGCGUCGCACCGGGGCUCCGCACCGCCACCGCCCCGCACCGCCAGCUUUAUCGACCAGCUACCAUCCCAGCCCAGACCGGGGUUUCGCCGCUUAUCAGGUAGUACACGCGUUAUCACGCAUAUUCACUAUUGUUUACGUUCGCUUUCCGCCCGUUAUCUACUCAUCGGUAUUCCGAAUUAUCCAUUGUCUAUUUUUUUUUUUUUUUUUCCUGUUCGCCGUUCGUUUAUUCAAUAUCGGCCGGCCGCUCGCGGUCCCGCCAUCUUGCCAACGCUAGUUUUCGAAUCGAUCGUCGUUGCUGCGUUGUAAACACAACGCGUCGCCGAUACUGUUGCCCGUCGAAUUAGCUGUUAUUUAUUCACCAUCUUUCCGGGCGAUACCUACCCCCCCUCCCUCCGGUACACCGGGAACCGUAGGUACGUACGUCUCCCCGAUAAGUAUUGUUCGUUUUAUCUACACGGUACACUAUUCCUAUUGCUCCUGCCGACAGGUCACGCGUCCCGCAUCGUGCAGCCGCACACGUCGCACAGUUGUAAUUAAUCAAGGUUUGGCCAGCGUGACCGGACCCGAUUGGGCAGAACGGUACCGAUUGUUUAAAAAACGUUCCGUUGAAUUUUUCAUAGUCUAGUCGAGAUGAUAAAAUUUACCUAUUCUCAUUUAGCUCGUGUAAUUUUCUACGGUAUUCUCUUUUCAUAACUGUACCUACUUGUGUCUCAUCAGUCGGCAGAGGUAGGUAGUUGAACGUCGUUGAAAAACGUUUGUAAAAAAACCAAGAACCAUACUUUUAUGCAAUAAAUUCGCAUACCCACAACAAUACCUACGUCCAAACAAUUUAAUCAUGUUUGCAUAAAAUAUAAAACUGUAGGUACCUACCAAUGUAAAAAUUUGUUUUUUAUUUCAAAGUUCUUUAAACACAAUCACGCCGGGUGGCGAUAAAUGUAACGUGUAUAGGUUAUCGGGUGUUGGUACGUACCGACCUCGUUAAAGGACGAAAUUAGUAAUUAUCAUUUUGGAUUUUCGAAAUUGUAAACAGACCCGGAACGGUAUUGUAUUUUCAGGAAUGUCACGUGUUCUCACCAAUCGCAGAUUAUUGUUUCGUACAAUAACCCCUUGUCUCUUAACGACAGAUUAAUUAAAUAUCGAACGACGAAAAAUUAAAAAGUUCGGUGUGGACGACUACGGACUGCGCGCGCGCGCGUGUGUAUCCAUUUAAGCCCCGAGACGGGUCUCCGUUUCUCCGCCGAUGGCGCACGCGAACGAACGUACGCUUGACAUUCGGUUCCGUGCCUAUUAAUGGGAUGCGCGCGAUUAAUUAAUGAACGUCCGCGUGAACGGGACGUGUUGGUUCGAGUCCGCGGUUCGCCCCCUUUCGUCAGUGCCUAUAGGUUCCGCACAGCUAUUGUGAUGACUUGCUCGAACGCGGAUUCAGACCAUCGGCGGGAGUGGGGGGGGGCGGUUGAGGGGGAGAAGACGGGGGCCGACGCACGGUUUUGCAGGCCCCCCGCCAAUGAAAAUAACUUUUUAAAAUGGUAACACGAAUCCGAACGUUUUUAAUUGAGUAUAAUAAAAAUAUUGAAAACACGUUAUUCAUCAUUACAAUACGUAUAUAUCUACGAAUAAAAUUAAAUACGUGUUUUAUGUAAAACAUAACAUUUUUCUCGCGUCCAAGGUUUUAUCAUUAGGUAUCGGAGUUCCGAGUAUCUACGAUGGUCACACACUCUAAAUAAACAUGUUUUCCCAAUAAUUCUAUUUUCAAAUACACCGAUAACAAAAUAUAUCCGUAUUCCUUACACGCACAAACCCAGCCGUAUGCCUCCAUUUACCGUGCGCGUGGUGGUAAACACGAUAGGCGGGUUGUCGGGGCCAGGACUAAUAGUACAAACAAGAAAAAAAAAAUACAAAUACAAAUAUUCUUGUGCACUGUACAAAGUACAAAUCACCGCUCAAUGUGUUUUUAAACCGAGAAGAUUAUGGGCCCUUUACACGCGUGGACCCCGGAGACGUGUCUUCCCCCCCUUAUUUCGGGCCUGAUACUUGCUGUACCAACAAAUCUAUGCAAUCUUUUUUUAAAUUUUAAUUCGAAUUAUGUACACGAAAAGUGGAAAAUUCAUUUAAAAUGGAAACCGCACAUCGAAACCGUAGUAAUGCCCUUUUCAUACAAUGGUUAAUGAACUUCAAAAUAUCUUAGACAUUCAAUCUCUAAAAAUGAUUAAUUUUGCUUUAACUCAAUCCAUAGUAUUAUGUCGUAUGAUUUGAUUUUUUUUUUUUGAUUUUUCACAAAUGCCCACAAUGGAUGAAUACAUUAACGCUGUACCCUGUAUAGGUUUUAAAUAAAUUAGUAGUUAUGACUUUUUUAAUGAAAUUGUGUUUGUUUUAUAGGUGCGAAAAUUAAUAUAUUAAAAAACGAAUGCAUGGUGGCCGUUAUAUUUCCAGAAGAAGAAACGGAAGAACUAUCCAAAAUUAAUAUCAACAGUAAUAAAUUAGUAAUUUAAGACAUCAAAUAUUUACACAUAAAUAUACAGUAGAACCUCAAUUAUUUAGAUGAAUAACUUGACUGUACCAUGCAAUUUAGAAGACUACCCUUAUGGCUUAAAUUAUAUAUAACUAUAUUAUAAGUGCAUAUUUUUUUAGAAACUACCACGAUCAAAGUAUUGUGGAGAGAAGACAAACAAUUUAUAAUAGCGGUAAAAAGUGUAAAAAUAAUGUGCGGAACAUAAUAAUAAUACUUAAUUUUUUAUCAUAUAUCUCCACAGAUAUAGCAUACUCAGUAUCACUAAUUUUAGAUUCUGAGUAGAGCGAGGGGUUAUGUAUUGGUUUGAUAGUAAUGGUUUUUUUUUUUUAUCUUUAUCUGGGAACAGCUUUUCUUCUUGCAAUUUUACUCUGAUUUACAAUGAUAGCAAUUUUUUUUUAAAAAAAAUCUUACUGGAGUGGUAUUUUAGAGAUGUCAUUUUUUGAAUUUCCCAAGAAUUUUCCUAAUAAAUGAGAAAAACCGGGAAAAAUUAUGAGAAGAAACGUAGAAAACGGGAAAAUAAGCAAAAUAUUAAACAAAUAUUAUUAAAGUAAAUAUGUUAUAAUUAGACCCCGGAUUUAUAUGUAAAUGCAUAUUUUUCUAUAGUUCACUUAGAAUAAUUUUGAUUAUAAAUGUCGGCGUUCGUAAUGUGUAGAUUUUAUAGUUAAUUUUUUUUUUCGCAAUUUCAAUGAAAAUGCAUAUUAAUUGCAUAUUUCUGGAUAGUUGCAUAAAUGUUGCACAUGUCUACAAUUAUAAUAAUAAUUUAUCAUUAUAAUUCUGUUUUUAUUUAUCAAUUAUGUCAGUACAAAUACCUGAUGUUGAUCGUAAAUAACUCAUUAUAAUGUACAUCGAUAACAUAUUGACGAAUGACAAAAAAUACGGGAUUUUCUUGUGAUAACUUUACAUUAGAUAAACUAGAUAGAUUUAAACUUACAAAUAUUUUGUUAAAAAAUCGAUAGUAAAAUCAACGGCGAGAUAACGGAAUAUGUUGUAGAUUUAUCUAGUCUUAAAUAUGCACCAAUUGCAAAUAAAAAUAAUUUAAAAUAAUAAUUAUAUAUAUAUAUAUAUAUAUAUAUAUAUAUAUAUAUAAUAAUACUUAAUAUAAUACUUUAAUUAAUUUAUCACACUUUCAUACUUACACAGUGUCAUUAAAACAUAUUUUGUUUAAUAAUCUUUUUUACACAUAUAUUUAGAUUAUGUUAUAUUUUUGUAAAAAAAAAAAAAAAAAAUUUCAUUUUGCAUAUUUAUGAUAUAAAUCUGCGUAUUUUAUUGAUUUCUAUUUGCAAAUAAAUCCGGGUCUUAGUAAUUAUUUUACCAUAAUAUGGCAUUGUAUAUUGUAUAUAUAUAUAUUGUCGACAAAGUAAUACUAUUAACCGAACUCCGCUUAGAAUCGUUUUUUAUGGUUUACAGAUUUACAUUAAGUUUCCCCUCUAAAAUCCCAAUUUUACACCUACAACAAUGGGCCACCCAAGUGCAAAUUAAGUCCGUUUUUUUUUUUUCUGUUAAUAAUAUAUUGUACGAAUCGUACAAUAUAUUAUUUGCACAAAUUGCAAUGCAAUUCAAAUUAAUUUUUAGAAGAUUUAUUAUUCGACAAGGUCCAGACUUUUAUUAAGGUUAUUAUCAAGUUGUUAUAAUGUUAUUGAAUUUCAUUUCAAUUUAAUCGUUACUUAAAAUGUUUGUGACGCCGCUGUUUGUAGAUGUCCUGGUGAUAUUAUUUAGUGUUAUUGUAUUCAAAAAAUAAUCCGAAAACUACCCUGACAAUACUACAGGGUGGAUAUAAAAGAAACUAAAUUUUUGAAGAAAACGUUUGGCAACUGCGCGUCGCCAGCAGUCACUAUUGAACCUUUAAUGGACGACGGUCGGAGCCCGGUGAAUACCUAUUAUUCUCUCGGUGUUUGUGUGCAAGACCCAGCGUGCGGUAUUUGGGUGCGUGUAUACCGUUAGGUCCGUCCCGCGAUUAAUAUCGCAUGGUGGACGACCCGAAUGGCGCCGAUUAUAAUAUUAUGUAUUGAUGUUUGGUCGUUUUAACGGACGCGAUAAACGAAUCGCGUACUACACGGAUUUUUUUUUUUUCUUCUGUUUUGUCGACUACGGAAUGUUCUUUCCGAAAACCGUAUUAUCGUAUUAAAAUUUACACCGAGAGAAUAACAGGUAUUCACCGGUACCGGUCUCCGACUGUCGUCCAUCAAAGGUUCAAUAGUGACCGCUUGCGACGCGCAGUCGCCAAACGUUUUCUUUACAAAUGUAAUUUCUUUUGUAUCCACCCUGUCGUAUAGUCAGGGUCGUUUUCGAAUCAUUAUUUGAACACAAUAUUUCCAGGAUAUAUACAACCAGCGGCAUCGCGAACAUUUUAGAUAACGUUUACACUGAAAUGGAAUUCAACAACAACAUUAUACUUAAUAAUAACCUUUAUAAAACUCUUGGAAUUAAAUUAAUAAUUAAUCAAAGUCUGGAGCUUGCGUUAAAAUCAGUCAAGCUGUUCGCACGUGAUGCGAUGACCAAGGGAAAUAUGGAUUAAUUUUUAUAUAUUGUAUAGAUACAGAUAUAGGUAUACAUUGUAAAACAAUGGUAAUAAAAUUAAGUUUAAUUCAAUUUUAAAGCCUUGAUACCUAUUUCCAAUUAUGGCCAAAUAUUUAAGUAAAUUGUCUGAGGUUUUAUCGUUUCCAUACUCCUUGAUAGGUAAAAUAAUAUAAAUCCAAUAAAAAAGUUUGCUAGAUACCAUAUAUAUAGUAUAUAUUAUUUGACGACGAUAGGUGCACUUAUUUAUGGUGUACAAUGGCAUUAUGUAUUUAUUUAUAGUGUUUAUUUAUAAUAUGUAUUAACCUCCAAUACAUACAUAUUAUAUAGGUGUAAAUAAUAAUGUUGAUGUUUAAUGUAUUUAAAAACCGACAAAAACAAUCUAUACCAGUCACUUACCUCUUAUCUCUUCAAAUAAUUAAUCAAAGGUUGCAAUAUUUUCAUUUAAUUUUAUAUACCGUACAUUCAAACAUAUUCUUUCAAUCAAAUAAUUUUUAAUUAUUUAUAUUCACUUUAAGCUUUAGUAAAAUAGUCCCAUUAAUACCAACUUUUAUUGUAAUAUAUAGUAGGUGUACAAAUAAAGUACGAUUUUCGUAAAUCAUUAAUAAACACAUUUGUAUGUAAAAUGUUAAAACAAAUAUGAAAUGUAAGUGGUAUGGUCAAAAAGACCUUGUGCAACAUGUGUUACGAGUAACCAUGCGACUCAUGACUCACGUUUCAUCCGCUGUAAACGUAAUAGCUCGGGUUGCCGCCGAAAAUGUAUGACGAGAAUUAUCGAACAUAUAUUGUAGACAUUCAUUUUAUAACCGGUUUUUUUUUUUGUGUGUGUACCACGGGCCGUCGGACCGUGCACGAAAAAGCGACCGACGAUAUUACCCAGCGCUGGUCGCUCCGGCCCGUAUUCAAUUUUUAGCUUAUUCUUAUCACAUUGGAAUUGUCCAAUUACCGUAACAUUUUUCAAAUAUUAUCAUUUACUUAUACAAUUUUGAAUUAUUUGAAUUAUUUUAAAAGAAAUAGAAACUUUAAUGAUUACUAUUUAUCAUAUGAAAAUUUCAUUUUAUUUUAAAAUUUAAGCAGGGAGUGCGAUUGCACCAUCGCACCGUAGCUCGAGCCGCCAUUGAUAGUACAUCAAGGUGGAUUAAUUCACCUUACCUGAUAUAAUCACCGCAGACGCUUUGACUGGUAUUGCACCUUUCAUAUAUGUCUUACAAAAAUAAUUUUAACAUUAACAUCAUGAUAUAUUUUAUUACUAGUUUGAGUACAUGAACAUAUUUUGUAUGUAUUUUGGAUUAAGUAUAUAAUUAUACUGAAAUAAAGUUUAAAAAAACGAUGAUAUUGACAUUUUUGAUUUCCAAUAAUAUAAUAAAUGUUAUUACAUUUUUGGCCAGGAAAAAAUAUCAUAUGAUUAUUACGCCACGUUAAAUUUUAGACAAUAAUAUCGUAAUUUAAUAAUUAAUAGUGUUACUACUGUGUUAAGGCCACCAUAUACAUAUUCACUUAGCUUGUGUUUUACAUACGACCACAGACACAGAUUAUGAGCGCUACAGCGGUGUCUAUUGCGGCGCCUAAAAUAAACGCUGCUGAGUGGCUACGUGUGUUGGGACCCUUAGUCUAACUUCAAAUAUAAUAGUUUCGUAGAAAUGUUAUUGGCCUGUAUUACUAACUGGCCCACUGACCACCAUUCUCUUCUACUUAAAUAUUUAUAAUUUGAUUUGAAUUGUUCUUAUUCAUUCAAUAAAGAAAUAUUAAUUGUUGCAAUGUGCAAAAGUUAUAUAAGUACACAGACAUAAAAAGUAGAAAAUAAAAUUAUAUUAUAAUGAUGUUUUGUAUUAUAGGUAUCAAAAUCGAAAAUCACUAA